AUGAAUUUCUCAAACAAUAGCACAAUGACUGAGGAGGAGACAAAAUAUUUUUAUAGAAAUAUUUAUAUGAAAAUAUGCAAUCAGGCUUGUCAAAAAUAUGGCAGUAAAACACGACCAAAAGUAUCGCUGUAA